AUGGAAAUGGUAAUUCUGGGCACUGAGUACGCGGGUGAAAUGAAAAAGGGUGUUUUGACCCUCAUGAUGUACAUCCUCCCACAACGUGGCCUCUUACCUCUCCAUUCUUCUUGCAAUAUAGGAUAUGAUGGAACAGUAACGUUAUUCUUUGGGCUAUCCGGCACAGGAAAGACGACACUAUCUGCAGAGCCAACUAGAAAGCUUAUUGGAGACGAUGAGCAUGUCUGGACUGAUGAUGGUGUAUUCAACAUCGAGGGAGGUUGCUAUGCUAAGUGCAAGGAUUUGAGCAAGGAUCAUGAACCUGAAAUCUUCGAUGCUAUCAAAUUUGGUGCUGUGCUCGAGAACGUUGUAUACAACCUCAAAACUCACAAAGUCGACUAUUCUGAUGUAACUAUUACGGAGAACACUCGUUGUGCAUACCCUCUUGAGUUCAUUGCGAAUUCUCUCAUCCCUGCUACAGUCAACAAACACCCAAACAACAUCAUAUUCCUGACCUGUGAUGCCUUUGGAGCUCUGCCACCAGUCAGCCGCUUGACGGUUGCUCAGGCCAUGUAUCACUUUGUGAGUGGCUACACAACCAAAAUGGCAGGAACUGAGAUCGGUAUAACAAAACCAACAGCUACUUUCUCCGCAUGCUACGCUGGACCCUUCUUGGCGAUGCAUCCAAUGGUAUAUGCAAAGCUUUUGGAGAAGAAGUUAGAACAACAUGGUUCGAACGUUUGGCUAGUUAAUACCGGUUGGAUUAAGGGUCCAUGUGAUUCUCCCACAGGACAAAGGAUCCCACUUAAGUAUACCAGGAAGAUCAUUGACGCAAUUCAUGAUGGAAGUUUGGAGAAGGCAAGUUAUACACAGGUACCCGUUUUCAACCUUGAGGUACCUGUGGAAAUUCCCGGCAUUCCAGAGGAUGUAUUGCAUCAGGAACUUGGUUGGGGAAAUCGUGAGGCAUAUCAUGCACAGAUUGUGGAUGUUGCCAAGAAAUUUAUCCAGAACUUUGACUCGUUUAGAGGAAAAGCUGAUUCCAGGGUUUUGAGUGGAGAACCCGUCCUGAGUACACAAUAGACAAGUGGGCUAUGAAGCUUAAAAAUGUGCAAGUAUGCAUUUUAGCUUGUACAACUCUGCAUGAGAUAUAUGGGAAAGUAUGGAAUGUUGAACUUGUGCUGUAUGAUUCCUGGGGGUUCAAUUUGUGGUCUCUUAAACUUUCCAUUCACUACUCUGAAAGAUAUUCCAUAUUACAUGGCGAAUGAGUAGAAUCUUUAGUAGCCUAGCGGCUACAUGAAGCUCACAGGGACAAAUCAUGGCUACAUUGUUACCAAGUCUCUACGAGUGGGAACCGCAUUAAUGCAGCUAUUUUGUGAUAACUGAUGAACCAUAGAAAUAGGUUCCAAAAACAUCUUGGACGGUGGAUAGCUUCCAUGUGGAUCAUUAUUAUUUUAGGGGGUAUAUAACAGACAACUAGAUACUUUUGGAUAUUCUUAAAGGCAAAAACUAAAGAGGCAGUACGCAAGUAUAUUUUAGAUGGAUUUUCUUUAUAAGCAGUUGUAAUAUGCAUUUGCAAGUGCAACUUUGUGGAUGAUACUUUGAGUGUAAAACUCUAGUAUGUAUGAAUAACUGGCGGCCAUUGGCUGGAUGCCCUAAUAGUAUAUGUUAUU